UUCCUUCACAAACACCAGCAGUCCACAAGAGAGAGAGAAGAGACAUGGAUGGAACAAUGCAAAUUGCGCUUCCAAUACUAGGAAUAGUAGCAGCUGCUGCCGUUACCUUUUAUGCUGUUAGUUUUAAUGAGCUUAGAGAGAAAUCAUUUAGAGACUUUGAAGAUUCAGAAUAUGAAGAUGGAGGAUUCACAACAUCUUUAAGCUCAAGGGAAAGGCGUGCCAGAAGAAACGCAGAAAAACAAGCCAAAAAAAAGUGAAUUAUGAAGCACAGACUCUUGUUUGUAAAUGGGUUUUGCUUUGCACUAAUAGAUUAUUUCAACUAUGUAUUCUAUCUGCCUAGUAAGCCCCUUGUGUGGAUCGUCAUGGAGAGUCCAA